GUAUAAAUUAAGUCACACAGAAACAGAAAUAAACGCAAACGAAAUUAUGGAUUUGAAGAAAGCAACUUUGCUUUUUUACUUUCUUCUCUUUCUCCACCUGCAACACCACUUUGCUCACGCGAUCUCGCGAGCUUCUUCAAGUUUAGCCUCCGUUGAUCCAAACCAUGACGAUCUUCCGGUUCAGCCUGUCGAAUUGAAGCCGGAUGGUGACUUAAUCGCCGCCAAUUUAACGGAAUUAGCAGUCGUUGUUAAGAAGGGCGGCGGAGGUGGAGGCAGAGGCGGAGGCGGCUUCGGCGGAGGAGGACGCAGUUUCGGUGGAGGAGGGAGUUCUAGCAGAGGCGGAGGGGGGAGUUCUAGCAGAGGCGGAGGAGGGAGUUCUAGCAGAGGAGGAGGGAUACGUCCGAUUCCGAUUUAUGGCGGUGGAUCGCACCGCGGUGGUCAUCAUUCAAGCGGCGGCCGGGAAACUGCUAGUGGUUGGUUAGGUCUAUCGAUUUUAGCCGGUUUGGUUUUGGUUUCCUAGGUUUUCUUAUUUGAUUUACCGGUUUAGGUUAAAUGUUUGAUGCCGGUUUCGCUUUCCACUGGUUUGCUCUCAUAUAUCAGUUGUUUAGGAGCUUAAUUAAGAUUUCCUUGACCG